AUGUCGAAAAAAUAUACUCACCAAGCUCUUGUCGAUGCUGUAGCGAGUGAUAUGAACUCAAGAGCAGCUUCAAUUGAGUUCAAGGUUCCUGCUAGUACGAUUCGUCAGCAUCGUCGGGAGUCGACUCUUAACAUCCGUGCUGGUCGUUCUUCGUACUUAAACUCUAACGAAGAAAGUCACUUUGUCUCUCUACUACAGCUGCUUCCAGAAUAUGGUUUUGAUGUCACGAAAACCCUUGCUCUGCAGCUGGCUGCAGAAUAUUUUGAAUCUCUUGAAUUUACUACGCAGCCAGGGUCCAAAUGGUUGAAUUCUUUUGUUAAAAGACAUUCCGAUGAUAUUAUUUGGAAGAAACAAGAAAAACUUGAAAGAGCACGCGCGGAAGCAUUUACCGAACAAAAUCGAUCUGGAUGGUUUAAAACACUUAAAGAUGUGCUGAUCAAGCACGAUCUUUUUGAUAAGACGAACCAGAUAUUUAAUGCAGAUGAGUCUGGAUUUUCAGACAAGACUAAAGGUCAAUGGGUAAUAGUUAAUUCCAGUUGCCGACACGCUUUCGAAUCCAACGGGGGAACUGGAAAAGAUUAUCGCACGGCUCUUAUAUGUAUCGCUGCUGGUGGACAAGUAUUACCACCAUGA